CUUUAACAAGCAACAUACGCCAACAACUGGAAGUCAGCGUUGAGCAUAACAGAGCCAAAAUGAGUAAACAGCACUUCCAUGCGAAUUAUUUGGUGCAUGCGUGUUCGUCGGUGUGUGCGUGUAUAUCGUGGAAAUUGUGACUUCCAAUCAGAAUUUGGAAGUUUCUUUUUUUCCAUAUUGAUUAGUUAUAUGUCGCUUUUGUUGUUUACUCGCCACAUUGUUUUUUCGAGCUGUCUUUGCAACUUGUGUGUGUGUGUGUAUUGCGCGCGCGAAAAAAAAAAUACGCAAAAAAAUAAAUUUUAGAAAAUACAGCAAAACAGAGUGUGGGAGAGAAGGGCAAGAGAGAGAGAGCGGAACUCAGCGAUACGGCAAGCGAGAGCGAGAGCGAGAGAGAAAGACGGAGCAAACAAGCGAGAGAGUGCGUGUGCGGAGGAGGAAGAGGAAAUUACACAAAAAUUUUUGGGCGCCAUCAAAGAUAUAUCUACAUAUAUACAUUUGCCAUCGACAAUUAAACACCCUCUCCGAUGUCCGCGGGUGUGGGUGGCGGCGGAGGCAGCAUUACCACAGAUCAUCAUAGCCGUUUAUACUUCCUCAACUCGCCGACGGCGCCGCUGACGGCACGCGAUUCGUUCUUCAUAAAGCCGGAAUAUCUCAGCUAUGAGAAUCCCAUGCAUCAUCUAUACCCAAGCAAUCGAGGCUUAAUUGAGUACAAUAAUUAUACGACAGUUGCGGCCGCUGCUGCGGCGAGUGCGAGUACAGGUGUUGCUGCUGCUGCAGCUGCUGCGGCGGCUGCUGCUGCUGUUAACACCAACAACAGUGGUAACAACAACAGUAACGGGAACAACAACAACGGUGGCAACAACAGCGGCGCCAACAAUAACUCCGCCAGCGGCAACAAUUCAGCCAGCAGCAACAACAACGCCAACAGCAACGCCCGCAAUAGCGGCGGCGGCAGCGGCGCUGACAACAGCUUCCAGCAGCAUACACAACAGCAACAGCAUACAGCACAGCAGCAACAUCCUCCGCAACAGCAUCCGCAGCAGCAGCAACAACAACAUCCACAACAGCAGCAGCAGCAACAACAUCCACAGCAACAGCAACAACAUCCACAGCAGCAGCAACAGCAGCAGCAGCCGCAUCCAUUGCAUCAGCAUUUGUCCACCGGCCUCGUUGUCACCGGCGUCGCACUUGGCCACCAAUCGUCGCGGGCUCAGAAGGCGGCACGGCGGCGCAGCAACGAAUCGAUUGAGGCACGGGAACGGCGUCUGGAACGGAACGCGGCGAGAAUGCGGGACAAACGAUCGAAGGAGUCGGAAGCGGAAUAUCGCCUGCGUUUGGCCAAAAAUGCGGAGGCGAAUCGUGUACGCAGGCAAAACGAAAACGAAGUACAAAGAACCUUAAGACUGAUGAAGAAUGCCGCCCGUCAGCGUUUGCGGCGCGCCAGCGAAUCAAGUGACGAGCGCAAGAAGCGCCUGGCCAAGGCAGCUGAACGGAUGCGCGUCUCCAGGGCCAGUGCGCCCAAGGUGAUUAAACCGCCGCUCGAGGAUCGCCUUAAGGGCUAUUAAAAACAAAAAAGAGCAAAUCUACAAAGAGCCCAAUCAGACAAACAAACACACACACAUACACACACACAUGCAUAUGCCUGGCGCGUUACUCCAAUCAGAGCGCAACAUUGGAAGCUUGUGAAGCGGGCUUCAGCAAGUAAAGUGCACACACAUCCAUAAACACAAACAGAAACACACACACACACAGAAUCUAAUCAAAUGGUAUCUAAUCAGAAAUGUGCAAGCAAACACACACGCCAAAAAAAAAGAAGUAGCAGUAGCUGCAGCAUGCAGAAGAAAGCAUAAGAAGAAGCAGUACCAGAAGCAAUCAGAAGAAGAAGAAGAAGCACAUAUGCAUAGCUACAUAUGUAUGUAUAUGCUGUUAUGCAUGUGUGUACGUGUGUGUAUAAGCAGAGCAGCACGAGCAAAGAAUAUAGGAAGGAAACAGAAUUAUAUAUACAUAUAUAUAAAUAUAUACACCAACAACAACAAAUAACAGCUAUAAAUAAUAUAUAUGUACACAUAAAAAAAAACAAAUGGAAACAACAUAUAACAUUGACAUAGAAUUGACUUUAAAAAAAAGGAGAAAAAGAAGAAAAAAAUUAAUAAGUAAAUUGAGCAGAAGAGGAAAAACAGCCGCAUAAAAUUUAAAUAUAAAUAAUAUAUAUACAUAUAUAUAUACAUAUAUAAAAGAAGAAAACCAUAAUAUUAAAAAGAAAUGAAGAAAAAAACGAGGCACUUUUUUUGGCAGCAAAAAUAAGUGUGAGAAUUUUUUUUUUAUAAGUUAACAUUAACAAAACAACAACAAAAAUGAAGUAAAAGAAUAUGGAUAAAAACAAAAAACAAAAAAACAAAAAAAAAAACACAAAAUAAAGUAUUUUUAUAAUGCAUGCAUUAUAUUCUUACAGUAAAUGUACAUAUGUAUGUGUAUAUGCAUACAUAUAUAUGUGUGUGUAUACAUACAUACAUACACACAACCAUGCAUAUGUUUGUGCAUGUAUGUAUGUACAUAUAUAUAGAAAUAGUUAUAUAUAUACACAAACACAGAAUAAUAUAUAGAUACACACACACGCGAAAACAAACACAUACACAGUCAUGUGUAAAUGUAUGCACCUCUCACACCACAAACAUAUGUAUGUGUGGUAUGUGUGUUCGUGGAAGCAGCACAGCAACAGCAAACCCCAAAAAGCGAAAUGCAAAAAGCAACAAAAUUAACUUCAACCCCAUAUGAACACACACACGCACACACACAGUCACACAAGCUCACAUAUGCACACACACAUAUACACAUAGACGUUUGCAUACAGGGUGACUCAUUGCUGACAAAUUGCAGCGUGAGUCUCCAAAAUUGUCUUCUAAUUGCAUUUUACACACACACUCACCUACAUACACUUUCAAUAGGCAUUUUGUUUUUCACUGCCUGCAACAGGUGCGCCAUCUGGCGAUCAUUUGUGCAAGCUGCCACGUUUCAUAUUUGCAAUUAACAAACCAACAGGAAAAAAAGCACAGCUAAGCGAAAAUUAAAACAAAUUCCAAACAUU